CACAUCCACGGCUGCUUCCAUCUAUCCACGCUGCUCACUUCAUUGUACUGACCGAGCUCAUCAAUUAGGCGAGAAUUAAAGCUGUUUUAGAUGCGAUAAUUGUCUGUGUGCCCGUCGGAGAGGAUUACAAACCGCGGACGGAGGCUCGGGGAAGUUUUGAGUGCGGGUUGGAAACGAAAACACAGCCAUGCCCUCAGUGAUGGAGCGCUCGGGGGCCGGGGUCCUGUCCAGGAGCAGAGCCAAGACCGUAACCAACGGCAACAGCCAACCACACUCGGAAGAGGAGAGCAGCGAUGAAGAGCAUGCUCAUGACAGUAUGAUCAGAGUGGGAGGAGACUACCAGGCUCAGAUACCAGAGUUCAAACCAGACAGUCCAACCCGCUACGAUGAGAAGGACCAGAGGAGCAUGCUGGUCUGGUGUCCCAACAGUCAACUUUCAGAUGCAAUGUUGGACGAGUACAUCCUGAUGGCUAAAGAGAAACAUGGAUACAACAUGGAGCAGGCUCUCGGCAUGUUAUUAUGGCACAAACACGACGUGGAGCGCUCGCUUGCUGACUUGGCCAAUUUCACCCCCUUCCCUGAUGAGUGGACGGUGGAGGAUAAAGUGCUGUUUGAGCAGGCCUUCAGCUUCCACGGCAAGAGCUUCCACCGCAUCCAGCAGAUGCUUCCAGACAAGCUGAUCUCCAGCCUUGUGAAGUACUACUACAGCUGGAAGAAGACCAGGACCAGGACCUCUGUCAUGGACCGACAGGCCAGGAGGCUGAUCAGCAAGAGAGAGAAAGAUGAUAGUAAUGAUGAGGUUGAGGAAGCAGACCCUGGCAGUGACAGUGACUUUGAGAUUGACACCAAGAAAGAGGCAGUGAAACAAAACCCCAACAACGCCAACUCUGACAAGGCGACCCCCAGUCGCUCUGGGCCGGUGAAGAAGGAAAAUCUCGGGGCUCAGUACCGCCACCACCCGCUCAGAGCCCGCCGCAGGCCACCCAAAGGCAUGUACCUGGAGCAGGGAGACAUCAUGUCGGUGUCGGCCUCCCAGGAUUCUGGGGUGGUAACUAUACGACAGCUGGACACACAGUUGGUGUCACUCAAGAGACAGGUCCAGUCUAUUAAACAGAACAACAGUAGUAUGAAGCAGAGCUUAAAUGAAGGUGUUGACACGUUCAAACCUGCUGAGCCUGUCCCUAAGAUGAACUCUCGUUGGACCACAGAGGAGCAGCUCCUGGCCGUGCAGGCUAUCCGUCGCUAUGGUAAAGACUUUGCAGCCAUCGCUGAGGUGAUCGGGACCAAAACACCAGCUCAGGUGAGCUCGUUCUUCGUGAGCUACCGGCGCAGGUUCAACCUGGACGAGGUGCUCAGGGAGUGGGCGGCCGAGCAGGUGGCCACCAGCCGAGACCAGAGAGACCCCAGGAGGAGCGGCGAGGACACGGCGGCCGCAACAGAUGGAGCUGCCGAGGAGGACCAGGUCAAGAUGGAGGACUCUCCCUCAGACGUCACCGGCGGCUCCUCUCCUCCCUCCUCCACCCAGACCACUUCCUCCCUCUCCCAGCCUCCUCCACUGCUGCGCCCCGCGCCUCCCUCGGCUCCCCCUAGCCUCCUCCGCCAGCCCCCUCCUCUGCAGACGCGUCCGCUCCAGAACCGAGCGCCCCACAACCACCCUCCGCCUCCGCUCAUCCGGCCCGCAGUGACAAGCUCGUCCACCUCCACCGGGAGCUCCAGCCUCAAGGCUUCUCCUCCCAGCUCUUCCUCCUCCGCUGCAGGGCAGAUGCCCCCGUCGCUGGUGGGGCUUAAAGUGGAGCAGCCCAACUCUCAUUGAUAUACACAAACACACUCAAGCACACACACAUUACUUUAGGAAUAGAAACACAAAUUAGCAUGAAAACAAACACAAUGUUUUCCCUUCUCCCCAGAGAAAAUUCCUUCACCCUUUAACUCAAUCAUUCCUAGUCUUAGUUCCUGGGACCAUUACACAUCACAUGACCACAUGAUCCAUCAAACACGCUCAGGUCCCAAAGGUGACAUCACAGCUCUGAGAAUGCAGGAAGAGUGUGAGGACCCCCCACAGGUCAGCUUAGUAAGGCAGUGGCCUGAAGCCCCUUUACUGUACUAACAAACACCUACCUCCAGACCAUCAUCCUCGAGUCUAAACACACACACACACAUACACAAACAUACACAUACACACACACACUCUCUCUCUCUCUCUCUCCAAACAAGCUAGGAACUCAAAACAAACACUACCUGCGCACUUCUGAAACUACACAAAAAGAGACAUCGGAUUGUCAAGCUGUUGAAGAAAACCAUGACCGCAGAGAGCAAAACCCACCUGCUCGUUUCCAUGGCAACUGCUGAACAUCUGGAUUGCGGGGGAGUGUGGUUGAACACACAGACACUAUCUAUAUAUAUAUAUAUAUAACUUUACUGUAUGUUCCACUGGCCAGGUAUCAAAUUAUCCAAACAACCUUCAGGAAAAUCAAAUAAUGAAAGAAAAGACGAGAACGACUGAAGAAGAGUUUCCCACAUGUGAGCCAAACCUGCUCCUCCUGAGAGCUCAUGUGGAGGAGAAAGUCAUUCAGAAGGGUCCAAGUGACGUGAAGAAACUAUUCCUAAUGUAAUUUGCUUUAAAACUUGGACCCUCAUAGGAGUGAAAAAAGUACUUUUGCAAACAAAAAAAACAAACGGGCUUUGUACUCAAAGUGCUGAGUUGUGAGUUUACUGACACAGCUUUUAAUAGCUGUUUGCUCAGAAAUGGGGAAAAACAGAAGAGCAAAAGGCCGCGUCUCCCUCUUCUCUCAUAGCCAUGUAUUACUAGUGUUAACUGGAGUGAUGUUUUCCCUUUUUUUGACUAGACUUUUAAAGUGAGCCCUAGGUAGGCAGUUAGUUAUUGUAAGUAGUUUAGAUAGUGCAUACUUUAUUAUUAUGAUGAUGAUUAUUGACUGAGCACUAAGGAGAAUAAGAGCCGUUUAAUACAUGUUAAAAACAUUUGCCACAGCUUGUUCUUCACUGGCCCAGUGUUGGAGUCUCACUGCUAACUGUCCAUUCCUGUUAAUGUUUGCAGUAGUCAACCGCUAACACCAGCCGCUGUGGGGAGCAACGUUAGCCUCAGUGUACUUUUUAAUGUGGGUUUACAAAUUGAAAGGGACGCCUGACCCUCCAGAUAACCUGACACUGAAAAAUGAAUGUUCUGCCAAAGUCUAUUGCUUUAAAAGCUCAUCGUUCCACAGAAGUCCCAUGUCUCCAGCUGGCUGUUGAGCAUUACAGAGGAGUGUGUUUGACGUGUCGGCUUGCUUCCUACAUGUUAGACACAGGAAAACAAAAGGCGUUUAAAGGAAGAAUAAGGCAUUUUGGGAAACAAAUUUGCUUUCUUUCCGAGAGUGAGAAGGAAAGAUUCCUACCACUCGUGUCUGUAAGGUAAAUGUGAAGGUACCACGAGCAUCCGGCUAACUUAGCUGAGCACAAAGAUUAGUUACAGGAAAACCGUUAGCAUGGCUCUCUCCAAAGGAGACAAAAUCCACCAACCAGCAGCCCACUAACAUGUUAGAUAUUGUUUUAAUGCUUAUUAAAGGUGUAUCGAGCGUUACUUGUUAUUGGCUGUUGGCACGACAGACAUGAGUGGCAAUCAUCCCACGGCAAGACUGUGAAUAAGAUUACCAAAAUGUCAAACUAGCACAGAACAACAAGUUUGAUAGAUGUUCCAAUCUUUAUGAAACAGUUUUGAGUCUUUUUAAGGCAGCUUUCUCUCUGUUAGUUUAAAGUCCUGUCCAGUAACAGAAGGUGUCACAGGUUAGAGUAUUCCUUAAAUAAGUUUCUGCUGUAAUAUCAACCAGUUGAAUAAUUCAGCUAUCAGGCUUCUGUUCUUCAGUCUGUAAUGCUCCUCUAGUUCUUUAAUCUGAGGUGAUAUCAGGCAGCCUCAUGAACAAAUGACUUAAUGAUUAUCUGCUCUGGUCACUUAUUUGUGAUUCAUUUUGAACGUCACCUGCCAGACAGUGCGAGCUGAAUCCUUCGUCUCCUCAUAGUCUGGUUGCCUUUGCAAGCAGAUCUGGGAUCACAAGUCAUGAAUAUUAAACUGUGUUCGGUGCUUCUUCACUCAUCUCGGCCUUCAGCGUUCAGUUUAACUGGGCUUGAAUCAAAACGGUCCAUCACUACGUUUGGCUUUAAAGUGGCUCGUCUUUUUGUCUUAGCUUGGACUUGUUUUCUUAACUGUUCCUUCCUCCAAAAAACGGCUUGUGUGUACUGUAUGUGAGAAGUUGUUUACAUUGUGGAAACUGAACUGUUUUGUGUUUGACAAAUGUUUUGUUUUUUUAGAAUAAAGAA